CUGCAACUCUACUACAAAUUUCCAAAAAAGGAUAUCCUGGGUUAAAAAACAAAUAAACAAUAAAAGUAAAAAAAUACAAGUAAAACGCGCGAUUAAACACGUUUUAUCGCGUGGAUAGAGCAAAACAAAUCAAUCCACAGAAUAAAAUUUUUUGGUGUUUGUUGAAGAACCUUUUUGUUUUUUUUCUCCAGACAGACAAGGUGUGGAUGGUAGUGCUGAGCUUGAAAUUGUUUUUCAUAUAAAUAACCAUUCUUGUUUUUUGAUUUUUUUUUUUCCUACUUUCAAAAAACAAAGAAUAACAUAUAAUAACAAUGUCUGGUGGUAAAUCUGGUGGUAAAUCUGCAGCUGGCUCCAAGUCUCAAACCCGUUCUUCCAAGGCCGGUCUUCAAUUCCCUGUCGGUCGUAUUCACCGUCUCCUUCGUCGUGGUAACUAUGCUCAACGUGUUGGUGCUGGUGCUCCCGUCUACCUUGCUGCCGUUCUUGAAUACCUCGCUGCUGAAAUUCUUGAAUUAGCUGGUAACGCUGCUCGUGAUAACAAGAAGUCUCGUAUCAUCCCUCGUCACCUUCAGUUAGCCAUCCGUAAUGAUGAAGAAUUGAACAAGCUUCUUGGUCAUGUUACCAUUGCUCAAGGUGGUGUUCUUCCUAAUAUCCAUGCUUCCUUAUUGCCUACCAAGUCAAAGAAGGCUGGUGCUUCUCAAGAACUCUAA